AUGACGGACAGAGACAUCCUCCCCGACUACUUCAAGCCGGUCCACUAUGACCUGGUCAUCCGCGACCUCGACUUCUCCAACUGGACCUACAAGGGCACCGUCCGGAUCGACGGCCAGCUCCGCAAGAGCACCACGGAGAUCGUCAUCAACACCCUCGAGCUUAAGCUGCUUAGCGCCAAGGUUACCACAGGCGAGCAGUCAUGGGACGCUACCGGCUUCGCCGAGGACACCAAGUCCCAGCGCUCGACUAUCUCGUUCGCCGAGGCCCUGCCUGAGGCCCCUGAGGCGUCCCUGUCGAUCGAGUUCACGGGCAUCCUCAACCACGACAUGGCUGGCUUCUACCGUAGCCAGUACAAGCCGGCUGCUCCCGCUGCUGCCAGCGUGCCUCGUGAUGACGAGUUCCACUACAUGUUCAGCACCCAGUUCGAGGCCUGUGAUGCCCGUCGAGCGUUCCCAUGCUUCGACGAACCCAACCUCAAGGCUACCUUCGACUUUGCCAUUGAGAUACCCGACGACCUAGUUGCCCUCUCGAACAUGCCCGUCAAGGAGGAGACGCCAGUCGAGGGCAGCAAGAAGCUCGUCUCCUUCGAGCGCACUCCCAUCAUGAGCACCUAUCUGCUCGCCUGGGCUGUCGGUGACUUCGAGUAUGUCGAGGCAUUCACCGAGCGUGAGUACAACGGCAAGAAGCUGCCUGUACGCGUGUACACCACCCGCGGCCUCAAGGAGCAGGGCCGGUGGGCUCUGGAGCAUGCGCCGAAGAUCAUCGACUACUUCUCGGAGCAGUUCGAGAUCGACUACCCCCUGCCCAAGAGCGAUAUCCUUGCUGUCCACGAGUUCACCCACGGUGCCAUGGAGAACUGGGGAUUGGUGACCUACCGCAUGACUGCCAUCCUGUUUGACGAGAAGCUGUCCGAAGCGCGCUUCCGCAACCGGAUUGCUUAUGUCGUCGCUCACGAGCUGGCUCACCAGUGGUUCGGCAACCUGGUCACCAUGGACUGGUGGGAUGAGCUGUGGCUCAACGAAGGUUUCGCUACCUGGGCUGGUUGGCUGGCGACCGACUACCUGCACCCCGACUGGGAGGUUUGGCCGCAAUUCAUCAACGAGGGCAUGGACCAGGCCUUCCUGCUCGAUUCCGUGCGCUCGUCGCACCCCAUCCAAGUUGAGGUUCGCGAUGCGCUUGACGUCAACCAGAUCUUUGACAAGAUCAGCUAUCUCAAGGGCUGCUCCAUGAUUCGCAUGCUUGCGUCCAACCUAGGCAUCGAGACCUUCCUAAAGGGUAUUGCCAUCUAUCUUAGGAGGCAUGCCUACGGCAAUGCCAAGACGAAGGCUCUGUGGGAUGCUCUCAGCGAGGCUUCCGGCGUUGAUGUCAACGCUCUCAUGGAGCCCUGGAUUGAGAAGGUUGGGUUCCCUGUCGUUACCGUGACAGAAGGCAACCAGCAGAUCUCGGUCAAGCAGUCCCGCUUCCUGUCGACUGGCGAUGUCAAGCCGGAGGAUGACACGACCACCUGGUGGGUGCCGCUCGCUCUUAAGGGCAAGAUUGGCAGCGAGGGCGUUGAGCCCCUGGCCCUGACCACCAAGGAGGCUACCAUCGAGGGCGUCAGUAAUGAGUUCUACCAGCUUAAUGCUGGCGCUACCGGCUUCUACCGUGUCAAUUACCCUGAGGCUCGGCUCAAGGUUCUGGGCACCCAGCUGGAGCACCUCACAACCGAGGACAAGAUCUUCAUCACCGGUUCUGCUGCCGAUCUGGCCUUCUCUGGCUAUGCCACCACUGGUGCUCUGCUGGGCUUCAUCCAGGGCCUUAAGAAUGAGACUCACUACCGUGUUCUCAGCCAGGCCCUCGAUGCUCUUGGUACCCUGAAAUCCAUCUUUGGUGAUGACGAGCAGACCAAGAAGGGCCUGGAGAAGUUCACGCUUGAGCUGAUCGACAAGGCCCUCAAGCAGGUCGGUUGGGAGGGUCCCAAGGGCGAAGACUUCAACACCAGCCUGCUGCGCAAGCGCCUGUUGUUGACUGCUGUUGCUAACGGCCAUGAGGAGGUCGCUGCUAAGGCUUACGAGCGCUGGACUGCCUACCAAGCGAACCCGACCGAGAACCCCAUCCCAGCCGACCUCCGUUCGCCUGUCUACCGUGCCGCUAUCCGCAAGGACCCCGCCGCUGCUGUCGCCGGCCUGAAGAAGGAGUGGUUCACCACUCCCGCCAUCGACGGCAAGGAGAUCUGCCUGCAGGCUCUUGGCCACGUCCACGACGAGACUGUCAUCAAGAAUGUCCUGCUGCCCUUCUUGUUCAACAUCUCCCCUCCUGUUCAUCCUUCGGAGUCCGUCCCUCCUGCGGAUAUGCACAUCCUUGCCGGCAACCUCGCCGGCAACCGGAAUGCCCGCCACCAUUUGUGGGCUUAUCUCCGGGAUAACUGGGAUCAGUUCAAUGCUAAGCUGGGCGGCAACCCCAUCUUGGUUGAUCGUAUGAUCAGCGUCAGCUUGCCCAAGUUCACGGAUAUUGAGACGCUCCAGGACAUUGAAAAGUUCUUUGAGGGAGUUAGCACCAAAGGCUUCGAUCGGACACUGGAGCAAGUCAAGGAUAAGAUCCGCGGACGGGUGGCCUAUAAGUUGAGGGAUGCGGAGGGCGUUAGGGCGUGGUUGGUUGAGAAUAGGUAUGCAUGA